AUGAGUGGAAAGUUGGAAAAUGAUCCAACAUUGAAAGGAAGGGUAAAGAAAAGUGAUGCUCGUGAGAUGCAGAGUUUUUAUCAGCAUUACUACAAAAAAUAUAUUCAAGCUUUACAAAAUGCUGCUGAUAAAGCUGAUCGUGCACAGCUUACCAAGGCAUAUCAGACUGCUAAUGUUCUUUUUGAGGUUUUGAAGGCUGUUAACAUGACACAAUCUAUGGAAGUUGAUCGUGAGAUUUUGGAGACUCAAGAUAAAGUUGCUGAGAAAACCGAGAUCUUAGUUCCGUAUAAUAUUCUUCCUCUUGAUCCUGAUAGUGCAAAUCAGGCCAUAAUGAGAUUUCCUGAGAUCCAAGCUGCUGUAUUUGCUCUUCGUAACACGAGGGGUCUUGCCUGGCCUAAGGACUCCAAGAAAAAAAAGAUGAGGACAUUCUGGAUUGGCUUGGGGUGGGUUCUCUAUGGCAUUCUCAAUUUAGUCAUAAAGUUGAAUGAUGAAUACACUUUCUUACUGCUAGGAGGGUGGGGGAAGGAUUUAGCUCUGGAUGAUUAUGAUGGAACCAGACAAAUGCAACAACAAUUUAACAGUAAAUGA